CUCCAUUGACUGAACCUUCUCUCUCCCUCACUUUUCUUUUAAUUUUUAAUUUAUUGCCAUGACUGCGCAUCGUCCUCUCUGUCUUAUCAGUCAACGCCAAACCAAACCCAUAAUCCCUUCUUUCCUCUCUCCUUCAAUCCUCAAUCUGAAACAAUCCUCAUCUGGAUUUUACUCUCCACCCCAGAAUCUCAAAUGGGUCGCAGACUAAACGACCCAGAAGCUUCCCGUUUCACCUCUCUCACCCUUCUUCUGCUGGGUUUUAUCUCCUGCGCGUUGGUCUACACGAUCCUCUCCUUAGUGCUUAAUCCCAGCGCCAAUUUUACAAAUUCAGGCUCCAAGUCUUUGGCAUUGAUAGAGGAGAGUUCAAAGGGUAAUGAUGGUGGGUGCUGUAGAGGGAUUGAUAAUUUGGAGCUGUGGGGGGCUGCAGUGAAGUGGGGGUCAGAAUUUAAGUUCAAUUCUUCUACGGCGUGUUGUGAGGCCUGCAAGGCUAUGUGUCAUGGCAAUGACGGGCCUUGUUUGUGUGAUACUUGGGUGUUUUGUGGGAAUAAAGAAACUUGUGGAUCGAAAUUCGGUGAGUGUUGGUUGAAGAAACAGAAGGAUACAUUGACCCCUGAUCGGCAGGAAGCAGGUGAUAAAGUCAGCUGGACUUCAGGACUCAUCUUUGGAAAAGGAGAGGGCAUUGUUGGCUUGGAAACAGACUAUGGCACUCUUCAUAUAAAACUUUUCCCUGAUUGUGCUCCACAUUCUGUAGCUUACAUUCUUGAGUUGUUAGCAUUGCGCCAUUGCGCUGGUUGUGAAUUUUUUCGUGCAGAGAGCCGGGGCCAAUCUUGGGAUUCAGAAGGAAAGCACAUAAAAAAUGCUCCUUUUGGCCCUCCUUUUGCCUUGAUUCAAGGAACAUUGGAAGCUCAAGGAAAAACAUUCAAGAAAAUCCCAAAAGAAGUUUGCCCAACCAUAAGAAGGGGUUCAGUUGCUUGGGUUGGUUCUGGCCCAGAAUUCUUGAUUAGCCUAGCCAACCACCAAGAAUGGAAAAAAGCAUAUACUGUCUUUGGUUCUGUUCUUCCAGAAGACAUGAAAAUUGCAGAGAAAAUUGCCCAACUCCCUACCAAGUCAGAUGUUUGGAACAACAUUAAUGUAUCUGUAUUGGAAAAGUCUGUUCCCUUGACGUUUCUAAGAAUCAAGACAAGUCAUGGAGAACUUGGAACAAAUGUGAAAUCAGAUUGAAAAUAUUUAUAGUAUAACAAUUCCUUUGUUAUUCAGAAGAAUCAACUUGAAUAUUGAAGAACCAUGUACAAGAGUGAAGCUAUAUGGUUGGUGAAGCAUACCGACGUGCCCUCUUAUUUGGUUUUGUUUGAGUUUUGCUUGUUUAUGCUCCCUCAACUGUACAUUGUGAACUCAAUUUUUGUCUUUCUUUGGUUUAUAUACAUUACCAAUUGAUUGGCC